AUGAGGCUGACAUGUAUGUUCUCCUUCAUCUUGCUGUUUGGAGCAGCUGGGCUCGUUGUCUUCAUUCACCUGCAGGAUCCAGAAGAAAUAGUUCAUCAGCAGACACCAGGGAUAAAAUAUAACAUGGGAUUCCAGCAACCAAAAAAAGACUGUGUUUCCAGCAACAACCAGGAUAGAAGGUUAAGAAAAAAUACUGCAGACGGAGUAGCAGCAGUAAAGCAGAGCUAUUCAUUACACCUAUCUGAAAAUGUGCCCACUAAGCUUCAAAGCACAGACAGAAGGCAAAGCAGCAUAAUGUUUGCUAUGAAAGAUCAACAGAAAGGUGAAGAAAUUAAUUCCAUCAGGCUCCAUAAACGGAGGAGGAGAUUUAUAAUUAAGAAGAGCCCAAUUUUGAUUUCUAUUAACAGCUCCAUUCUCAACCUGCCCACGCUUAAAUCUGAAGACAGAAACAACAACAAGUGGAAAAGUCUCUAUCAGAUCCAAAGAGAAAGAAAGCAGAUAAUGAGGGAAACUUGUUCUAAAUACAAGAGUAAUAACAGAAGAAUAAUCACUCCUUAUCAUGUUUCUAGAAUAUUUGUAGAAGAUAAAUACAGAGUUUUAUACUGUGAAGUACCAAAAGCUGGCUGCUCUAACUGGAAACGUGUGCUCAUGGUUCUUAAUGGGCUGGCUUCUUCCACAAAAGAUAUACAGCACAACACAGUGCACUAUGGAAACUAUUUAAAAAGGCUGGACGGGUUUGAUCACAAAGGAAUUUAUCAUAGGCUCAACACUUACACAAAGAUGCUUUUUAUUCGUGAACCUUUUGAAAAGCUGGUAUCUGCAUUUCGGGACAAGUUUGAACAUCCAAACAAUUACUACCACCCGGUUUUUGGAAAAGCCAUAAUUUCCAGAUACCGGGUCAAUGCCACCAAAGAAGCGUUAAGGACAGGCUCUGGAGUCAAAUUUAAAGAGUUCAUUCAAUAUCUCCUGGACGUACAUAGGCCAGUGGGUAUGGAUAUCCACUGGGAUCACGUCAAUAGGCUUUGCAGCCCAUGUUUAAUAGACUACGACUUUGUUGGGAAAUUUGAAAGUAUGGAAGAAGAUGCAAACUUUUUCUUGCACUUAAUUGGUGCUCCACAAAAUUUAACUUUCCCCAAGUUUAAAGAUAGGCACUCCAAUGAAGAACGAACUACCACUAAAAUUACACAACAGUAUUUUGCACAGCUUUCUCCUUCUCAACGACAACGAAGCUAUGACUUUUACUAUAUGGAUUAUUUGAUGUUUAACUACUCAAAACCUUUUGAAGAUUUAUAUUGA